AUGUCACCACCAAAACAGAGCAUCCUCUUCCUCACAAGCCCCGAGCAUGGACAGUCCAACGUAGCACUCGCAGUAGCCGAAGAGUUCCUGCACCGCGGCGAGUUCGAAGUCCACAUCGCCUCCUUCGAAGAAUUAUCAGCACGCGUGCAAGCGAUAAACGACAAAGUGGAGUACGACCAAGUCAUCCACUUCCAUCCAAUCGCAGGUCCGUCCCUGUCCGAGAUCGUGACCCGUACAACACCGAAUAUAUGUCAUCGGCCGGGGCUUGCUGGAACGCGUGAUGCGUGUAACAUCAUCAACAUCUCCGUGGUAGGCUGGAAGCCUGAUGAGUAUAUACGGUCAUAUCGAAGCAGUCUCGAGAUUCUGAAAGAUGUCCGUCCGGUCGUCGUGGUUGUGGAUCCGCUGUUGCAUCUAGGACUAGAUGCCGCUCGCAGUAUCGACACGCGAAUCGUGAUCCUUUGGCCUGUGCCUUUGAAAGAUAUAGUGAAUUCGGGUAUCGAGCUGACUUUCUGCUCCUCAGCACCGGGUCGGGAUAUCCAUACCCUCUACCAUGGAGAUUGA